CGACAACUAACCGAGUAUAAGUACUUGUGUUUCUAUCCCCCAAAACAACCACGUCACUCCAAAACAAACUAUUGAACUUCGACCAAAGAAUCUCCGUCUCGCUCCGAUGCUUUUCGUCUUUCCUCCCAAUGGGAACCCUAAAAUUGAAAGAGGCAAAUAGAAUUGUUGACUCUGAGAUUGAAAUGUAUUCAUCCGUGUUGGAUUGGAAAUAUCAUAUGACUUAUGCCGGAGGAAAGAUUGAAAAGAGCGUGCCUCAACUUCUUCCAUCAAUGGCUUCCCUCGCCCAGUUUGCACUCAUCACUCUUGUACUUGCUCACUUCGCUUUCUUCUAUAAAUACCAGCAAGAACAACAGUCAAUCUCAUUAAUCCGAUUGUUCUCCAAAGACCACACCACCAACCAAAUCAACCCGCCACUACAUCGGAAUCCUUCUCGCCACCAUUUCCUUCAUCGUCGACCUCGCCGCCACCAGAAACAAAAGACAAGAUUCCUCAUAUAUUGUCAAAUUCUCAUAUGAAUUUCCUAUUUAGCGAUUUUAAAAAGCAUCACAUUUCAAACAUUGGAUAUGGUGUUCCACAACCGUCCGAUCGGGAGUUGCGCGCUCCGCGUGUCUGUUGGAUGAAUGUGUGACAUCUUAUUUACAAAAUUGACAUCGCGUUCACCCAAUGAUCACGAAGCGCCCAUUGCUCGAUUAGACGAUUGUAAACAUUAUAAGAACAUUCUUACAAACAGGGGCGGAGCCAGAAUUUCCCAGACUGGGGGGGUCGAAAAUAAUAAUAAAACUUAUGUGGAUAAAACUCGUGUGCUUUAAGACACAAAUUAAACUUGACUACCAUUAGACCACAUAACUAUUACAUGACAGAAUUUACAGAACAAGUUCUACUUAUAAAAUUUGUACUAAAUAUCCUUAAAGACCUAAGGGCCGGGAUCAAUCCCGGGAGGCUCCCUAGCUACAAUGUAGCUCCGCCCUCUGCUUACAAAUGAUGUUGUAAGCACUAUAGCCGGAUUGUUCGUCUCACCCUUUAAAAAUUUCAUCAUAAACUAAAAGCAUUUGCUGCAGUAAAGUCCAUAGAUAUGGCUAGCUUGUAUUAUGGUACUAAUAAUGUCCACUGGUGUCAGCAAAAACCCAGCUGAAGCCUGUCCCUUAAGUUCAUCAUCAUCGAAACUCUUCAUCAUGGGUAUUAACUCAACCUAAAUCACUUGAUUUAUGAAUCAACAGUACUGGUCGACAUAAACAUAGGUUUGGCUGGCUUAUUUGUGUCCAUUAUUGUUGUGAUCAUCAUCAACAAAAAUCACACGUACAUCGAAUAGUCGGGACGCGCCGGUGUAUUCAUUUAUACACAAGGGAUCGGAUCAUGACCAUAUCAUCCUUUUGGGCAAAAAAUUGCACGAAAGGUGUUUGAUGGAAUGAUUGAUCCACGUAUUCAAUAGGACACCCGCUUCAGUUGAGUGGGGGAUAUGGAAAUGGAUGGAAAGUUAAUGCUGCUUUCAAUUCCCAUUAUCUUGAUUUUCUUCCUUCUUUAGGUCCAUGAAUUCCACUCAUUUCCCCUUUAUCUAUGGCUAAAUGCCGACGCAUUAAGGCAAAAAAUGCAGAUUGAUGAUUGAUGCUUACAGGUCGAGGUUGGACUUUUUGGUCCUGGUUUUGUUUGCUUUCCCUAACCCUCUUGCUCCCUUUGCAAAAUACUCCGACUCCUCUCUAAAUCGCUAUUAAAGUGCAAAAGAUGUCAUUAAAACGAUUUAACAAUUGAAAAUGUGUAGAUCGAUAAUCGGACGGAAUUAUUUCUUGCAUAUGCUCCACUUUUGUAGACACGGUAGCUGAAUUGAUUAUCAAACUACAUCAAUGCCAUUAGAUACAUAAUAUUACUGGCUAUAAAAUCUGUUCAUAAAAAAAAAUCCAGAUUUUGCCAUGAGAAAAAUACAGGGUGAGUUUAUGGAAACACAGUCAGUAGCCCACGCUCUUUACCAUGCGCGUGGUGUAAUGGGGUUUGUUUCUGUUCCUAUCUAUCCGUUGCGGAAAGUGGGCCCACGAGGCACGACCAAAGCCUUCAAAGUCCAACCUGUUAGUCAACCAAACUCGAUGACCCAUGUCUCGCUCGACGCCACGUCGCCUUCUUCCCCGCCGCGACCCGCCAAAAUCUCUCGUCACCGCCGCCGGAGAGUGAUUUACACGCUCCCUAGUUCUGGUUACCCCUGGUUUUUUUUUUGUGACCCAUCUUUACUUUAAUUGCAGUUAAUCAAAAGAGUUUAAAUGUUGAGUUAUUAUUACCAGAUUGGCAGAUUCUGUUCCAUUUAUUGUUAAUAAUCUGAAACAAGUAUGUUAAAUUGUUAAUUAUACCUAGGUAUUGGGACGAUUUUUUCAUAUUGGUAUUAAUUAUUCUUUUCUUAUGGAUAUUAACUAUCCUUUUAAACACGUUUUUUUGAGCGUAUUUUCAUCCCUUCCUGAUACCAAACAAAGAAACAAUCGAUAAAACGUAUAUCACAAAUACAAUAGUAAAAUAUAGCGAUAAAAUUACACCAACUAGUCACUAAAGGUGAUUUAACAUCAAAUUGAAACAAGAUUCAUGUUUGUGAUUCAGUUGCGGUGCUUAAAUCACCAAAUAUAAGGACAUCCUUACCAUGUUUUGUCAUUCAAUCGAAUCUUGGGAGCUCCGAAACACGUUCAUCCGACAAUUUGUAAAAUGCUUAACGCCUAGCACUAGAUCGAAUAGUUGCCGUCGCCAUAAGCAGGGUAACCGGAUUCGGUACAAUAAGGCAUACACGUAUUAUCAUCGCAAGGCUUUGCCCGACCCUCACGCGCUUCACGAACAAAGUGAUAUUUAUAACUGAAGGUCCUAAAAAAGAAUAAAAUAAAAAAGUAAAAGACCCACCUCCCCACCCAGUCCUGGAAAAGGGAAAAUGGGGAUUGGGGAAGAAGCAUUUCAUUUCACUUCAUUCCAUCGAUGAAAAUUGGUUUUUCCCUUUGCUUCUUCUUCACCCAUGUAAUCUGCUCCCUUCAUAACCUCUGCCGAUUCUCUCUCAUAAUUUCCCAUUAAUACUUUCACAAUCCAAUCUCUCCAAGCAAAGAAGCUCUGCUCCCUUCUUCCCCCUGUCUCUCUGCCCCUCAACCCACCAAAAAGAACAAAAAUAGAAUUGCAAAUUUGUCUCCGUAUAAAAAUGGCGGUGGUUCCAUUUCUGUCCGCCAUGAAUGUUGUUUCCCUUGCACACUACACUUCUCCUUUCCCAUCCCUACUUUCUCUUUAUCCUUAGCGCACUACCCAUUUUCUCCCCCUCUAAAAAUUUUCUGUCUUUUUGCCCACCCAAAUGGCGAAAACCACGCCCAACGAAGAGCAAGACACGGCCAUGCAUCCGCCCUUCGAUUUCGGCAACAAGUUGAAGCGGCUGAGGCUCUACUACGAGCCGUCCGUUGGGGUUUUGGGGGUUUUUAUAGUGACCCUCUGCGUCAUCCUCUGUUUCUUCUACUUGGACUACAGGGAAGUGAUUGGAAAAGUGUACAGAGUUCCUUCGAAAUCGGAGAGGUUUAUGUGGAUACAGUUUGGUAACGGCUCUAUUGACAAGGAAAGAGUUGAUUUUUUGAAGGAGGAAGGGAAUCAGUGCGAUGUUUUCGAUGGGGAGUGGGUCUGGGACGACGAUUACCCGCUCUAUCAGUCCAAAGAUUGCAGCUUUUUGGAUUCUGGGUUUCGUUGUAGCGAAAAUGGACGGCCGGAUUUGUUCUACACCAAAUGGCGAUGGCAGCCCAAGCAGUGUAACUUGCCCAGGUUUGAUGGGAAGUUGAUGUUGGAGAGGCUAAGGAACAAGAGGCUGGUGUUUGCUGGGGAUUCGAUAGGGAGGAACCAAUGGGAGUCGAUGCUCUGCUUGUUGUCGUCGGUGGUCGCCGACAAGGGUUCGGUUUACGAGGUGAACGGGAGUCCGAUUACGAAGCACAAGGGGUUUUUGGUGUUCAAGUUCAAGGAUUACAAUUGCAGCGUGGAGUAUUACAGGUCGCCGUUCCUUGUUCAGCAGGGCAGGCCGCCGUCUGGGGCGCCGUCCAAGGUCCGGCUGACGCUUCGAUUGGAUCAAAUGGAUUGGAACGCUGCCAAGUGGAGGAAUGCUGAUGUGCUGGUUCUGAAUUCGGGGCAUUGGUGGAAUUAUGAGAAGACUAUGAGAGGGGGAACUUAUUUCCAAGUAGGGCAAGAAGUGAAAACGGAGAUGAGAGUUGAGGCAGCCUACAGAAGGUCCAUGGAGACUGUGAUGCAAUGGAUAGUGAAUGAAGUCAAUGCAAGUAAGACACAAGUCUUCUUCCGGACAUUUGCUCCCGUCCAUUUCAGGGGAGGGAAGUGGAACACAGGGGGGACUUGCCAUCAGGAGUCUUUGCCUGAGCUAGGGGUAUCCCUUGUGCCAUCAGAAACAUGGAAACAGUUCGAGGCAGCAACCGAUGUUCUGUCUAAUCGAACAAGCCAAGAUCGAAGUUUUGAGCUUCUGAACAUUACUGGGAUGUCUGCAAGAAGGAAAGACGGGCAUUCGUCUCUGUACUAUCUAAGAUCCCAGCCAGCGCCGUUGCGGAAGCAGGACUGCAGCCAUUGGUGCUUGCCCGGAGUCCCUGACUCUUGGAAUGAACUUCUCUAUGCUUUGUUCCUUAAGCGUGAAGGUAGAACAAGCCAUCCUGCACUUAACUCGUCAUCGUUGUCGUCGGAUGAAGCACUGAAUUCGUGACGAUGGAUAGGGAGAAAUUGGUUGAAGGAAAGAGGACGCAAGUCAUUUUUGCAGGUGAAUAGCAGAUUUGUAGAGAUGGGUUCUGCUGAUUUAUGCAGAAUUGGGUGACAUAUAUUAAUUAUUGGAAUUAUAGAUGAAUAGAUAGGUUGGGGACGUAGUAAGUAAUGUUGUCCGGACGAAUUAAUAGUGGGUAAAUGGAAAAUCUGUAAUUAGCAUUUCGUUCAAAUUUUAUUUAUUAUUUUUUUUACUUAACACGUGUUACUUCGUGGGAUAUUGGUAAUGCCAAAGCCUAAUGGCUACUACUAGGGGUGCGAAUCAAUCCGGUUUGAAUCAGAUUGAAUUGGUUAGUUGACGAAACUGUUGGGACUGUUAGAUUCUAGGAUGAUCGCAACUGUUUACGGUUAAACGAUUUUGACUUACUGUUAAGUGUACCAUUUAUAUUAGCUGGUUAGUCAUAAUAGAAGGCAAUGUACAUAUAUAUUAGGGUUGGCCAUUCGGUUUUCGAUUAGCAGAUAACAAUCGGUUAUGAUCGAAAUCGACCGGUUAUAGGCUAUUUGAAAACCUCCCAAUCAAGAACAAAAACUCAGUUUUACUUACUCGGCUCCUGCACCCAAUUCCACACCCCAAAGAGCAAAAAUCCAGAAACUCAGAGAAUCUAGGACCAUGGUCUCUUCGAUUUGGUCUAUAGAUGCAGCCAUGCAGGGACGGCGACGAAGAAGGUGGGCGCCACCCGCCGAGCAGCACGGGGAAGAGAAGAAUCUGAGACUUCUCACCUUCUGCAUGGUUCAGGAUCUGGGGAUUCCGGAUUUGGAUGAUAGAAGCACGCCCCCAUCCUCCCUCUUCGCGAGUAUGGUUUCGUGAUCUAGGGAUCUAGGGAUUGGUGGGUGCGGCGGGAAGAUAGGUCGGAGAAGAUGAGGAGAGAUGAAGAGUCGCUGUCGUCCUUCCUCCUUCUCCGACUUCUUGGUAGCGGCAACGGGAUUGGUGGGUGCGGCGGGAGGAUUGGUAGGUGAUGUGAGAUGAAGAAAUGAAGGAGAGAUGAGGAGACGAUGAGAGAUGCAGAGAGAUGAAGAGUAGGAUGAUUUCAACUCUAGUCCCUAUCUCACUUUUAGUUUUUAGUUCUUUUUAGUUUUUCAAUUAGUUAAAUAAAUAAUUAUUAUAAUAACAAAUUAUUUCGAGUAGUCGAUUAACCGAGGUUUUAACCGUAACCGACCGGUCGGUGUCGCGGUUGAUCGAAGCAUGACGUCGGUCGAUGGUCGGGAACCCAAAAAGACAGUUUGGUUAACCAAAAAUCGAGAUUUCAGUUAUCGGUUAAACCAAAAUCAAUCGAAAUCCAGCCCUAAUAUAUAUCUUCAAUUCAUCUGCUUUUAGUUAUUAGAUGUCGAAUUGGCUUUGCUCAAUUCUUUGUUGGCUAACUCAUGAUUAUGGGUGUAAUUCGUUCAUACAGAAACCUUAAAUAAAUGACUAAUAUCAACGACAAUCUUCACAGUACCUUCAAUGUAUCAUUGCUUGAUAACAGAGAGGUAUGUGGAGCUGAACAAUAUUCUAUACAAAAAUUAUUGGCAAGGACAUAUCUCGACAAAGAUUUGCACCUUUAUUUGGAUUGCGCAACGGAAGAAAAUACUCACCCACGACCCGUUGAAGAAAAGUGGAUGGACCUUCCCGGGCAAAUGUGUGCUUUGCAAUGCAAGCGAGGAGGAUGCGAGCCACAUUUUCAUUACCUUUAGAUUUGCAGCCAGCCUGUGGAAUAUCAUGUGAACCUUUAUGCAGAUUGAUCCACGUCCCGGAGACAUCGCACAAGUCAUUCAUAGCUGACCUCGAGAAAAACCAAAUGAUCUAAAGCAGUGGUGCACCAAGACAAUAUUACAUGUCUUUUGUUGGAGUGCAUGAAAGGAAAGAAACAAUAGAAUUUUAU